CGAGUGGUCAGUACCGUGCUCUGCUGACAACUGUAUCAUGCGCAGCCUUCACUAUACGGCUAGCAAUUUCAACUUUGAUGAACUUCAGCGUGUGACACGAUCUAUUAGGCAGCAUAUGUCGAAAAGCUCGAGUAAUAAUCCCUGUACGGAAGGCGUGUGUCAAGGCGUGUGUCUUUAUUUACUUAACUCACCAUUUCAGAUUCCUUUCAUUUUCAUCCAGUUAUUACUUAAAACAAAUAAUAUGUUGUUUUUUUUUAGAAAUUAAACGUUUCAAUUCCGUAAAACAAGGUUACCAUUGCAAAUAUGGCGUGUCCCCCCCUCUCCUAGGAGAGGGGUUAUUGCGCGACAUCGGUCGAUGGUGGGUCCAUGUAUGAAGCCAAAGAAAAGGUCCAAAUUGCCCAGCGGCUGCAGGGGACGCGCUCAUUCGGAUCCAUUAUUGCAGAACCAGAUCACACCUGGUGUGCACAGGGGCGCGCGUCCGUCCGUCCGCUCCGCGUGUGCGCGCAUACAGGCCCGCGUAUUGCGCGCCUCCCUCUCCCUCUCUCUCCCCAGUUGCAGGGGAGGCUGAGGUUGAUGCUGAGCGCCCGGCUCCUGCUCCACUCCCGCUGGCGCUCGCCUGUCAGCAAUCCGACCCCAGUGCGGCCGCUGCACCCAACAGCGGGAGGGCGAGCAGCCGCUCAAUAAACAGUCGCUUGUUUAUCCGCGGAGGGGGAGGAAAGGGGACGGGAAUUAAAAAAAAGCGUUGAGAAUUAACAAGAUUAAAGCCAUUUACCAUCCUGCUCUCGCUGUUUAAAAUCCGGAGCGAAAAACAGGGGGAAUGAAAUAACAGUCUUCCGAAUCGCUGCAAUGGUUUCACCUCUAAUAUCUGGAAUCUAAAAUAAACUGGACAUAUUUAAGGACUACUGUCCGUUUAACCCCAAAAGCAACCCUCUCCGCCUUGCCUGAACGUCAAAGAAUUUGCAAGGACGCAACCUCCAAACUCUCUACGGUGAAGAUCCUGUUGACUUCCCUUGAACGGAUAUAAGUGUACUUUGGAGAUGUCACGGCAUCACAGCCGGUAUGAGAGGGAUUAUCGCAGUGGGUGGGAUUGGCAAGAGCGCAUCAACAGCUGUAACAAUGUAAACAAUACCAACUGCACCAGUGGCAUUGCCAGCACCAACAGCAUUACCAACCGACCUGCUCUUCUGCCACUCCCAAUGGUUCCCUCCCAUCUCUUGACUGCAGUCACACCUGUCUCCACCACAGCAAGCAAUGAGAUGAUGACAAGCUUAAUGUCCAGCUCCGUUUCCUCCACAACAACAACGUCUAAGACUUCAAGCACUGCUAAGAUUAACAGUCAGACCCAAGGACAAAUGCUAAGUAAAAGUGUGAGAUGGGGACAAACUCCUAUCAAUCAGUCAACUCCCUGGGACACUGACGAACCACCAUCCAAGCAGAUGAGGGAAAUAGAAAAUGCUGGUCCAACACCAUGGGCCCCUUCAGUUGCUGCGGUUGGCCCACCUGCCCUAAUACCUCCCACAUAUGGGAUUGCACAGGCACCAACAUUUGGCGUUCAAGGUCCAGUGAUUGGAGUUACACCCACAAUCCCACCUCCAGUUCCUCCUCAGCUUCCACUUAUGACAACACACUAUCAAGUACAACAUCCUUCACAACCACUAAGUAACAGGGUUGUGAAUCUGCAGAGUCAACCAUUGUACACAACAAGUCAUCCGAUGACCGUGUCCCCUCUCACUGGGGUGGGUCAGGUGACUCAGCCUGCCCCUACCACAAUUGGGAAUGGUCACAUGAGCUGCCCCAUUCUGCAUCCAUCUGAUCUGCCUUCAGUAACUCUUCCUGGUAAUGCUCAAGGCGUCAAUGGGCAAGUUGUUUCCCAACUUCCUUUAAACCCAACACAAAUCGAAGAUGACAAAAAUGGUACCCAGAUGUUACGAACUGUUGGGACGGGAAAGUACGAGUUUACCGACCCUUGGCAUCCGAAAGAAAUGUUGAAGGAGUUGAACCAGCAACGCAGAGCGAAAGAGUUCACAGACCUGAAAAUAACUGUUGAAGGCAAAGAGUUUGAAGUCCAUCAAAAUGUUCUAGCUUCCUGCAGCUUAUAUUUCAAGGAACUGAUCAAAAGGGCUUCAAAAGACAACAAGAAUGGAGAGAAGUUGGAGUUGACGAUUUCGAACAUAAAUGCAGAUAUUCUGGAAAUGCUGCUGGAAUUUGUUUAUACUGGUUCACUCAUCAUCAAUUCCGGAAAUGCCAAAACUUUACUGGAAUCUGCCAGUAAAUUCCAGUUCCGAACUUUCUGCAAAAUUUGUGUAUCAUUUUUAGAAAAACAGCUAACAGCAACCAACUGCCUCGGAAUCCUAGCCAUGGCAGAAGCCAUGCAGUGUAAUGAACUGCACAGCAUGGCAAAAGCAUAUGCAUUGCAGAAUUUUCCAGAAGUAACAGCCCAAGAUGAAGUUCUGAACAUCUCAAAAGAUGAUCUUAUUGCGUUUCUCUCCAACGACAGCCUGAACACAAAGGCUGAAGAACUUGUAUAUGAGGCUGUAAUUAAAUGGAUUAAGAAGGAUCCAUUGAAUCGAACACAGCAUGUGUCGGAAUUGUUGGCUGUGGUCCGCCUGCCCUUCAUUCAUCCAAGCUAUCUGCUAAAUGUUGUUGACAAUGAGGAAUUGAUAAAGUCCUCAGAGGCUUGCCGAGACUUAGUCAAUGAAGCAAAACGGUAUCACAUGUUGCCACAUGCACGGCAGGAGAUGCAGACGCCUCGAACACGGCCAAGGCUAUCUGCAGGUGUGGCCGAAGUAAUUGUCCUGGUUGGUGGUCGACAGAUGAUUGGAAUGAGUCAACAGCUCACAGCUGUCAACUGCUUUAACCCACAGAACAACAAAUGGUACCCAUUAGCCAGUCUGCCGUUCUAUGACAGGGAGUUCUUCAGCGUUGUGAGUGCAGGAGACAACAUCUAUUUAUCAGGUGGCAUGGAGUCUGGAGUCACCCUUGCUGACGUUUGGUGCUACAUGUCCCUCCUGGAUAACUGGAACCUGGUUUCACGAAUGACCAUCCCAAGGUGUCGACAUAAUAGCCUGGUGUACGAUGGGAAAAUUUACACCCUUGGUGGCAUUGGUGCAUCAGGAAACCUCAAUCAUGUGGAAAGGUACGACACAAUAACCAAUCAGUGGGAAACUGUGGCUCCUCUUCCCAAAGCUGUGCAUUCUGCAGCUGCAACUGUGUGCGGUGGCAAAAUAUAUGUGUUUGGUGGUGUGAAUGAGUCGGGACGGGCUGCUGGUGUUCUGCAAUCAUAUGUUCUUCAAACAAACACAUGGACUUUCAUCGAAUCUCCUAUGAUAGAUAACAAGUAUGCUCCUGCAGUCACUCUCAAUGGAUUUGUCUUUAUUCUUGGAGGUGCCUAUGCCAGAGCAACCACCAUAUAUGAUCCUGACAAAGGGAAUAUCAAAGCCGGGCCAAACAUGAAUCACUCCAGACAAUUCUGCAGUGCCUUAGUCCUGGAUGGGAAAAUCUAUGCUACUGGAGGGAUAGUCAGCAGUGAAGGACCUGCAUUAGGAAAUAUGGAAACGUACGAUCCCUGCAGUAACAACUGGACACUCCUGCCAAACAUGCCUUGCCCAGUGUUCAGGCAUGGAUGUGUAGUCAUCAAAAAAUACAUUCAAAGUGGUUGACACUGUGAGACUAAACCAGUUCCUAAAUUGUUUUAUUCUGCUGCUGCAGUGCGUUAAAACAAUGAAUAUGUUGCUCUUUACUGUCUACAUUGAAUGUAGAUUCCAUAGUCACCAUUAGGUGGAAUAGGGCAAAAUACCCUAUGGAUGUAUUAUAGUAUAACUUAUGGUACUUCUAGUAGUGUCACAAGACAUGGCACUUGUUUUAGAUAAUAGGCAAUUCAGGUAAGAAUGCCUGCUUUAUAACAAUCAUCAGUUUUGCUUUCAAACAGUUUACCUUUAUAUUGUUAUGGCCAUUUAGAAGGUAAAUCGGUUUGUGGAGUGUAACAUCUGCAGUACCAGAGCAGCAGCAUGUAAACAAUUCACUAAAAGCAAACGACGGUCCCACAGAGCUCAAGCAAUCCCAGAAAAUGUGCUGAAGAUUUCAAGAAAUUCAAUAGUAUUCAGGGACUAUACCAAGAGGGAGCUUGGAUACUUCCAUACAUCGUGCAUAUCUGAAACGAACAGAAGGUGAAGCUACCCUCAAAGUCACGCAAUCUGUUUCCAAGCCAGUAUUGGAAAAACAAAAGCAAAUCAAGAUAAAAGGCAGUUUCCUUAAGUUACACAAAAUAUUCAGUUGCAAAUGUAGUCAAAUUUUAAAAAUUGAUUUUAGAAAUAAUCUAUAUUUGAAAGAAGAAUUUUAGAUCCACAUUGUUUUAUUAUCAGUGGUCCCACUGGUGGUGUUUUAAACAACUAUUGCAAAUAUAUGAUACUGUUGUUCAGAUAGUUAUUAAGCAGAAACCAUGAGAUUAAAGCCAUUAGAUAUCAGAAGAUGCACCUAUAAGGUCUUAUAUUUGAAGCUGUAUUGAUUUUUUUUCCCCAUAUUACUUUAUAUCAUAGAUCAAAUAGAGCAAACAUGCAGUAUUAGAGUAAAUAUACAGAGGCAUAGUAUUUGUUUCCAAAAUCACUUUUACAGUGGCCAAUGCAAAGGUGCCAUUCAGCUGGGGACAUUUUCUCUUACUUUGACAUGACCCAUUUUAAUCUGAUACACAAACGUAUCUGAUCAUUAGAGAGAUAUUUUACUAAAAAUUCAAAAAUAUUCUAAUAGUUUUUUUGUAGAAAGAUAAAAUAUAUUAUCCUCGUAAGUCCCCGUAAUAUUUAAAAUUGAAUUACCACUUACUAAUUUCUUACAUUUCAUGCAUAGUGGGGAAAGGGGUAGGUUGAGGACAGCAGAUGAAAGAAAUUGAUGAGAAACUUAUAUCUGGUAUUAAAAGAAACUCAUAGGAUUUAACAAAAUCAUCAAUGGCAGAGUGGCUAAUAGAAUUGAGUAAUAAAAUCUAAUGAAGAUGGAUGCCAUACUAAUCUGUGGCAUUUUAGGAUCGCUACAUAAUGUGUAUACCUAUGCAGUACCAAUGAGGUUUAUUAUAUAUGUGUAGGAAAGAACAGCAGAUGCUGGUUUAAAUCGAAGAUAGACACAAAAUGCUGGAGUAACUCAGCGGGACAGGCAGCAUCUCUGGAGAGAAGGAAAGGGUGACGUUUCGGGUCGAGACCCUUCUUCAGGUUUAUUAUAUAAAUCCAGUAUGACACAUGUCAGCUUCAGCUCUUCAAAUUGUACCAUAUGAAAAUGAUCUAUCCGGUCACAUAUUAAGUAGUAUCCUGAUUUUCAACCCAAUGAAUAUUUAAUAUACCAUGUAUAGUAGUUCAGAAUAAACUUUCAAAUAAAGCCACAAUUUUUCGUUAGCAGUGAUAUAUAGAACUACGAUGUGUGGACCAAAUAUACUUAUGUACAGUAUUUUCUGACAAUUGUAAUCUUAUUUAAUAAAUUAUUAGGGUAUUUUUUAACCAUGUUGCUUUGGGCCCAUAUAUAAAGUAUUCCCUGUUCAACUAAUAUGCAAACAAAUUACAUUAAAAUGGUAACAUGCAAUACAUAUCGAAUGAGACAAACAUCUUGGAAAAAAAUCUAAUUCUUCUUUAAAUCAAUAAUAUUUUCUUACAGAACCCCACUUCACUGCAAUAUAAGGUCCCCUUCCUUGCAUACCUUCCACAUGCUGCAAGAGUAUGACCUGGAGUUUCACGAUUUUUUAAGUGAACCACCCUCUCAUCAUAUUGUCAUGAAACUAUAUUUAAGCAAUACCAAAUGUCCUGUAUUCCAUAGACAAAUUCAAAAGUUUACUUACUCUUUUACAAACUGAGCUGGGAGUGAUAUUUAUAGCUGUAGAUGAUCUUUCUUGUUGUCAUCUUGGGUCCAGAAAAUAUUUGCUGUUGACACUUUAAUGCAAACAUUAAUAAUGUAUUGAAGGAAAGCCCAACCGCAUGUAGGAUGGGGGUCUCUUCACAUUUAUGAAACAAGAAUGUCAUACAGAUUUGUUCAUUCUGAAUUUGCUUUAUCAAUUGAUGUAAUCCACUGAAACUCAUUUUUUAAAUUAUUUCUUAAAAUACACAUUUAUAUUCCGCCAUUUUGGUACAGUUUAGAAUAAUUGACCUACAAUGCCUAUCCCAAUUAUGUAUAACAUUGACGUCCUUCCAUUUAUAUCAGUGUUUGGUCUUGUGAGGUGAUACAAGGGCUUCAGAGAUUAUCACUUAGGUUUUGCAUUCAAAGCACAAGCAGUUCAUAACCAUCUGUUUCCAUGAUUGUGGUGCCAUAUCAGUACUCAGAUUGGAACGUCUUAGCUCAGAUAUCCUAGUAUCACAAAUGACAUUAGCUUGAACAAAUACCAGUUGUAUUAGGACCAUGCACUCAAAGACAAUGAAAACAAAGUAUAUCAAUUUCCUUCCUCUUCUCCACUUCUCAUCCAAUUCCUAAAACGCAACAAUUCAUGGAAAUAUUCAGAAUCAUAUAUCCUAAUCUCGGGCAAAAAGCAGCUCUAGCGACACAAAGAACUGCAAAUGUUGGAAUCCCGAGCAAAAGAAAAGUGCUGGAGGAACCCAGUGGGUCAGGCAGCAUCUGUGGAGCGAAAUAGACAUUUCAUGUUGGGCCCAUUCUUCAGAAGAAGGCCCCUAUCCUGAGACAUCGUUGAUUUUCCUCCACAGAUCCUGCCUGACCCAGAGUUCCUCUAGCACUUAGCUUUCAUCUGGACUUUUGUUAUGACAAUUAUCGAAAGACAUUCAUUGCAAAGACCAAAGGUUAUCCAUUGACUGUGGUUACAUACAUCUUUGCCAACAUUUUGUAUGAAAAUCAUCCGGAGGAAUCAUUGGGGCACAUUUAAUCUACAAAACCAAAAUAUGCAGAAAUGUUCAUGCAUUUACUAAGCAUUAUUACUCAUCUAAAUUAAGAAGCAGAGUGCAAUAAUAAUUUUUGCUGAUUGACAUGUCGGCUAAUAUUUAGAGAUGCCAAACUGCAGCUUUUUUAAACCUGCCCAAUUUUGGUAUGCUCACUUGGUUUGCAGAGAUUGGAAAAAAAUAGAUGAACCUCAAAGAUAGUUACUUUUACUCUUGAUGAUAUGUAAUCUCCACCUCCCACCCCCCACACACAAAUGCACCAUUAUAAUGCUCCACAUUCGCAUUUUCCAGGCAGUUCUUAGUGGAAAGAGAUUCAACUUACUUUUGGAUGUGCAGGCACGUACAUUGAAAGGCCCAAUCUUGCAGAGCACUGACCAUUUGCAACGUGGUAAUAUUUUCAAAUGUGAAGUUUUCCAUAGGGUCUCUUUAAACCCCGGGGUAUGGAAUGGUGCACACCACACAAAAAAAUGUUGCCCUACCUGCCACAUUGUUCCACAAAUUCUAUUUGUGAUCUUCCCAAAUAUCAGUCAUGGAGGUAUGAAAGAAAAUGUAUUUUUAACAAACCAUAUUCAGCAAUAAAUGUGCAAUCUCACUUAAGAAGACAUUGACAGAACGGCAGGUACAAAGUUGAAAAAUAAAUUCACAGUUAUGCAGUAGAAUUCCUUCUGAAGUCAGUUCCAUCCAUUAUGGAAUAUAAAUGAACUUGAAAUUGCUAUUGAAACUGUCAUCCGAAGAUGAAAAGGGUUAAUUUCCCAUGAAAGUUGUCUCACAUUUUGAUGAGCAUAGAAUUUAUUUGAAAUAAAAUCAAAAGGACAAGGAGAAAAUGUCACAAGAAACAAAUUAGGUAUAGUUUUCGUAACAUCUACUUAUGGUGAAAUGACAUUGAGCUCAGAGAUGCUACAUGAUAAGGAAGUAGGUAAGUUGGGCUGCACUAUAACUUGAAUAGAAUAAAAAUUCUCCUUUGUGCAAACACAUGAUAAGAUCAAAUGGAAAAAAAAACCUUUUGCCUCAGAAGUUCAGUUUAGUGUAGAGGUACAGCGUGGAAACAGGCCCUUCGGCCCACGGAGUCUGUGCCGACCAACAAUCACCCGUACACUAGCUCUAUUCUACACACAUAAUCGAAUCUGGGCAGCAACUCUCCAGCUGUGCCACUGGGUCAUCCAGUACAUUACAUUAUUGUUAAGGAUAUAUUUCACGCACUAAACUGAACAUCAUGACGAUUAUAAAUUUCCAACAAAUAUUAUUAAUAACAUAGAAUUGAAAAAAGUCCUCAUUGUGUCAUUGGAGAACCUGCACUACCAUAAAAUGCUGAACCUUCCAAUCCCUGUCCCUGAUCAUCUUUUCGGAGGAAAGUGUGAAGUGUAAUUUUGGAAUCGCUGAAUCACUUUCAACCAGUAAUGCUUAAAACCGAUGCUCUUUAGGAGAUCUAAUUCUGCACAAGACAAAUUUCAAAUCCAGGUUUCUGCCACCUCAGCCCCUCUUAAAGAAUAUUACUAUUGCUGCACUACAGUCGUUUCGUGGUUUCUUUAGAAACAAUUCAAAAUGUUUCCCAAUCGAAAGGAAUCAAUCAGAAAUGGACGGAAUUAUUCUAAAAAAUGUUAUCUGUUUGACCUACAAAAGUAAUAUAUAACAUUUGGUGUGAAAAAAGCACAAUGACACAGUGAACAUCAGAGAGUAACAGUGUAUCUGAAAUGUUUUUCCUCAAUUGCAGUAUUAACAUAAAUAGAAGAAUGUUUUAGAUAAAAGUCUGUAGAAAGGAUUUUUUUUGCAUUUAAGUAGAAAUGACAAAUUAUACCAUAUACUUCCGUUUUGUAUGCAAUAAAGUG